AUGGCGCCGUUCACAAUAUUCCUCGCUGCGUCUAUUGCGAUUACCUUCUUUUGCAAGCUUUACAAUGAAACCUAUCUGCCAAGUCGGAAUCUCGUUAUGACCGCCUUUGAGAUUUUCGCUGUUGAGACCGCCGCAUGGCUCGUGUGGCGGUGCCUUCUGUAUCCCAACCUGUUCAGCCCUCUUCGUGCACUGCCGGGGCCUCCGGGCGGUUCCUUCUUGAUGGGCCAAUCUUCAAGGCUAAGACGAGAGCCAAACGGCCAGGCUGAGCUGUACCGUGUCUGGUCCGAACAGGUCCCAAAUGAUGGUGUCAUCAGAUACCUCGAUAUGUUCAACUCAGAAAUUCUCAUUCCAGUCAGUCCAAAAGCACUGGCUGAAGUACUUGUCCAAAGGCCUUAUGAAUUCAUCAAGCCGCCUGGGCUUGUGACGGGCCUGGGAAGGAUCCUGGGCGUGGGAGUAUUUCUUGCAGAAGGGGAAGAACAUAAGAGACAACGAAAAGACCUCAUGCCAGCUUUCGCGUUCAGGCAUAUCAAGGAACUUUAUCCCAUCUUCUGGAGCAAAUCGAGCGAGCUCAUCCAAAGCCCUGAUUUUGCACAAGCCACACUCGACAUCAUUGGCCUUGCAGGUCUAGGAAGAGACUUCGACUCCAUCAAAGACCCAGAUAACGAGCUCAUUCGCACAUACAAAUCGAUCUUCUCGCCAGGUCGGGGUGGCCAAAUUAUGGCUGCUCUCUUCUUUAUCGCCCCGUGGUUGGUGAGGGUCUUGCCUAUCAAACGUAACAGCGACUUCGAAGCGGCGUCGCAAGUCAUCAAAAAGACAUGCUUCUCUCUCGUGCAGCAAGAGAAAUUGAACUUGGCCAGCAAGAAUGAAGGUGCUGCUAGAAACAUUCUUUCGGUAGCAAUCGAAUCCGGCGGAUUCACGGACGAGGGUCUCGUCAACCAAUUGAUGACCUUUCUCAUCGCUGGCCAUGAAACCACUGCCUCUGCGCUAUCUUUUGCGAUAUGCAUGCUGUGUAAGUAUCCCGAGACUCAAACCCGGCUGCGCAACGAAGUGCGCUCCUUACUACCAGACCCACGAUCUCCAACAUCCUCCAUCACCUCAAACGACUUAGACAGCCUGCCCUACCUCAACGCAGUCUGCAACGAAGUCCUCCGCCUCUACUCGCCCGUUCCAAUCACCGUUCGGGUAGCGGUACAAGAUACCACACUGGUUGGUCAUUUCAUACCCAAAGGCACCACGAUAUUCAUCUCCCCAUGGGCAACAAACGCCAACAAGGAUUUUUGGGGCGAGGACGCAGGCAAUUUCAACCCGGAUCGCUGGUUAGGCGAGGGGAAAGCGAAUACAGGAGGUAUCGAGAGUAACUAUGCGUUUCUUACAUUUCUGCAUGGACCGCGAAGCUGUAUCGGGCAAAGCUUCGCAAAGGGGGAGUUUGCAUGCCUACUUGCUGCAUGGGCUGGUACACUGGAGACUCGAUUUGCGAAUGCAGAUUACGUGAUGACAGUCAGGAACGGUUUGACUCCCCGACCGAAAGAUCUUGAGGUGAAGGUGCAAGUUUUGGGGGAGUGGUGA